AUGGUCGGUGGAGUUCGAGUAGAGACACGCCAUACGGGAACAGACACCCUUGAUGAGCCCGUCCUAACGACUAUUGGACGAGACGCGUUCUCCAUCUAUGUCAAGCUCAUUCAAGUGUUGUACCCACCCAAAGGGGGCAACCGAGAUCUGCUCAAGGAAUGGGAUCUCUGGGGACCCCUCGUGUUAUGUCUCAUGCUAGGUAUCAUCCUUAGUAUCAAUGCCCCCGCUACGCAGUCGUUGGGUGUUUUCACCAGCGUGGUUGUCAUUAUUGCGGUCGGUUCGUUGGUGGUAACCGUUCAGGCGAAGCUUCUUGGGGGCAGAGUGUCGUUUUUCCAAGGGCUCUGCGUGUUGGGCUACUGCGUUGCUCCACUAGAUAUCGCUGCAUUAGUGUCAACAUUCGUGCGUCUUAUCUACGUUCGCAUCCCUGUCGCCUUGGCGGCUUGGGCGUGGUGUGUCUGGGCGUCUGUCAACUUCCUCGAUGGGACAAAAAUCGAGCCCCAGAGGAUAUUGCUCGCGGUCUACCCCCUUCUUCUCUUCUACUUUAUUCUUGCGUGGAUGAUCAUUAUUCAGUAG